AUCGCGUCCUACGUCCCAUGACUCCUUGCGGGUGUUUGACCCCCAGCAAAGCGGGGCUCAUUCUCUUUUCCUCGUGUCGAACAAGAUGAAGGUGCAAGGCGAGCUGAAGGAAUUUCAGGUUAUUGGGCGCCUUAUGCCCAACAAGAAGCUCACCGUCCCACCACUGUACAAGAUGCGUAUCUUCGCCCCUGAUGAUGUUGUCGCCAGAUCCAAAUUCUGGUACUUCAUCUCUCAGCUCAAGAGAAUGAAGAAGUCUCAGGGAGAGAUUGUCUCUUGUCAACAGAUCUAUGAGAAGAAACCUCUUCAGAUCAAGAACUUUGGUAUCUGGCUGAGGUAUGACUCUCGCAGUGGCACCCACAACAUGUACAGGGAGUACCGUGACCUGACCGUGUCUGGAGCCGUUACUGCUUGCUACCGUGACAUGGCGGCAAGGCACCGUGCCCGAGGCUACUCCAUCCAGAUCAUGAAGGUGGAAGUAAUCCCAGCCAGCAAGGCCAGGCGUCCUCAUGUCAAACAGAUGCAUAAUAGCAAAAUCAAAUUCCCCUUCCCUCACCGCAUCAUGAAGUCGCAAUUCAAGUCAAAGUUUGUUGCUAAGCGACCAAACACCAUGUACUAAACUCAGUGACGCCAGGAAGCACCAAAUAAACUAUUUCAAACCCGA